CUAGGGAGAAAGUGAGAGUCUGAAUGGCAAACCCUAGCAACUGAAUAAAGAAUUCCUUUACUCAUGCAGGAUAAAAAGAAUGUGAACUACAAAAUGCAGAUGUAUCUUCCCACAAGUGCUGUCAGUUGGCUCAGAAAGAAUACUAGGCAGCACAACUGAUUUAUUUUAUGUAGCUCAGAUGUCAGCUUUAAUCUUGAGUUACCAAACAGCACUGUGAUAUGGAUUAUGUGUGAGACAUAAGUACGGUAUGUGUGCGGUAAGUAGGUGGGUGGGAUUGUUCAAUUUAGUUUCCUUUUUACUCUGCCUCUCUCCCCAGUUCCUCUUCAUCCAAGAAUGGUGGUGGCUGCAGAGCAAAGCUGGCCUUCCUCCAAUCUGCAGCAGUCCCACCAAUCUCCCAUCUAGAUCCUGUGUACUGAAAAAGAUGUGGUAAAUAGGAUCAGAAGAAGAUCACAUUCUGUCUCAUUUUUCAGAAAAGGCGUGAAGGCUUGGGAUUGCAUAAAAACAGAUGGCCAGCAGGACAAGGGAGUUCAUUCUCCCUCUCUAUUCAGUUCUAAGGAGAAUACCCCAGAGUACUGUGUUCAAUUCUGGGGCCCCCAGCAUUAGAAGGUCAUAGAUCUGUUGAAGAGGAGUCCAAAAGAGGACCAUGAAGACGAUCAAUGGGAUGAAGCACCUAUGAUGGCAGGAUGAAAAAGCUGGGAAACAGAGAAGCAUGGAGAAGGCUCCAGGGAGACCUCACUGCAGCCUUAUGUUACCUAAUGGGACUUACAGUAAUAUGGUGAGGGGCUUUUUUACUAGGGCCUGUAGCAGUAGGAUAAGCGUAACAGCUUUAAAUUAGAAGAAGGUAGAUUUAGAUUAAACUUUAGGAAGAAGAUCUUUACUGAGAGGGUGGUGAGGCACUGGAACAGGUUGCCCAGAGAAGCUGUGAAUGCCCCAUGCCUGCAGGUGUUUGAGGCCAAGCUCAGAUGUGGCCAUGAGCAACGUUUUCCAGUGGGAUGCAUCCCUGCCCAUGGCUGACAUUGGAACUACAUGGUCUUCAAGGUCCAUUCCAAACCAUUCCAUGACUAGUACCAUCCUGACCCCAGCUGUUGUGGAUAUCUGCCUGGUGGGUGCCUAUAUUGCCCACUGCUUUGCCUUGAGAAUAGCUGGUCUGAAGCAGUCACUUUGAAACCACUUCCAUCUCUGCUGACGAUUGCUGAGGAAUCUUUUGGCUUCCAAGUCCUUCAACUAACUUGUAUUCGGCAUGAUUUACCCACUAUUCAUAUUACUCUGAGCUAAGUCACUUGACGUUUAUAACUGUAAAGUCAGAAUAUGUGCGUUGAGGCUUUUAAAAUGUUUCAGACUGUACAUAUCAUUGGUUUUAGUUUUAAAAAGCAAUUAUUCUUCAUAUGUAGCUUUCUAACACCUUUUCUAAGGUGUGUUGCAGCCCACACCUCUAUUAUAUGAUGGACCACACUAAGCUGGAGUUUCUCCCCCAGCAUGCUUUCUUCUGCCAAACAGUGGGUGAACCUGCACUGGUAGCCACAGCCUCUGCCAAAUAUUUAUGACACUGAAUGCAUGCACUACUUCUUCCAGCAUAUCCCAGCACGUGGGAAAAGGCCACUGUGAGAGCUCAUGCCUGAGCAUGUGCUUAUCCUUGCAGUGAGCUUUUGGAAUGGAGGCACGAAGUUGUCAAAAACGUUCCUGCAGAAAGCGUUCUGGCAGUUGCCAAAGUAGAGGGGCUUUUUAAAAUACAGUUCUUUUUAUUUGCGUGUGUGAAAAGAAACUCCUGCUUCCCAGCAGCAGCGGCACGCCCCCAGCACACCUUAGCACCGCGGCGCGCAGAAGCCCGCAACGUUCACGCAGGGCCGCGUCCUCCCGGCCGCUGAGGGGAGGUGCGGCGGCAGCUGCCCUGUGACGUCACCGUCGGGCGCGGGGCGGGCGUUGCAGCGCAGACCGGAGCAGCCGGUAGCGGGGUCUGUGCCCAGCUGCGUGGCUGUGCCAUGGUUCGCUUCGGGCUGACCGUCGUCCGCCAUGGAGAAACAAGAUACAACAAAGACAAGAUACUGCAAGGUCAAGGAAUAGAUGAGCCGCUCUCUCCAACUGGUUUCAGACAAGCAGAUGCUGCUGGUUUAUUUCUCAGUAAUGUAAAGUUUACUCAUGUCUUCUCAAGCGACCUCCUUCGAGCAAAGCAGACUGCUGCCACAAUUAUAGAAAAAAAUAAGUUCUGCAAAGGUUUGGAAAUCAAGUGUGAUACAAGACUUCGAGAGAGAAAAUAUGGUGUUGCAGAAGGAAGGCCUUUGACAGACCUCAAGGCUAUGGCAAAGGCUGCUGGACAGCAGUGUCCUACAUUCACGCCUUCUGGAGGAGAAACACUGGAUGAAGUAAGAGAACGUGCAAGGGAUUUUUUUGAAUUUCUGUGUCAGCUAGCUGCUGAAGUGGGACAGAUCAGAGAGAAGAAAGAUCAAGAGAUGCAUGGGGCAGCAAACAGAAGCUCAGGAACGUAUGAAGAAGAGUCAGCUUUUCCUUGGACAGAUCACUGCGGUGUACAUGAAUUUAGCUCUGAUAAUGAUGGAACUUCUAAAUUGUUAUUAGAUGCCAAUAUCUUAGUGGUGAGUCAUGGAGCCUACAUGAGGAACUGGGUUGGUUAUUUUGUUUCAGAUCUCAAGUGUACUUUGCCAGCAAAUUUAACAAAGGCUCAACUAUCUUCUGUCAGUCCCAAUACAGGAGUUAGUCACUUUAUUAUAAAACUUGAAAACAGAUCAAUGUUAAAACCUGAAGUCAUAUGUGUUUGUCUUAAUCAGGAUUCUCACUUGGUGGAUGUUGGUGCUGAAUGUGUAGCUUCAAAAAUGUUCUAAGAGUUUUUAUAGAGGGAAGUAGUUCUCAAUUAUAAUACACACUUGGAAAAAGAUAUCUAUAGUAAUUAAUGAGAUUGACGAGUUAUUGAUACUGAAUUGCGUAAUUGAAAACAUGCCUACCAUGUAUACCUUUAUGAAGAGAAACAUACUUCCAGUCACUUACGUGUCUUCCAUGCACUUGCUAUUACAGUGCAUACUUUUAAAAACUGCUUAUUAUUUGCCCAUAAUUAUUUUGGUUAUCUCCAUGAGAAAGAUUUAGUGGUGGAGGAGAGGAAUGGUACCCAAAAUAUGAGCUAUACUGUAUUCUUGGUUUAUUAUAAGAUGCUAUAUUGUAAUGUUAAUAUACAUGUUGUUUUAAAGUAACUUUUCUGACUGCAGUAAUAUAACUUGAAAAGGGGGGUUGCCUAGUGGAACAAGUUUGGUACAGAGCCAGGUGACCCGUUCUUGACUCUGAUACUAAGUAGCUGUGAAACUCUGGGCAAAUCUUUUCCAUUUGUAAAAUGGGGAUGAUGAUACACCUACCUCGCAGGAGUUUUUGGUAAGAAAUGUUAGGAUUGUUGAGACCUCUAUUGAAGAGCAUUGUACACAACAUAAAAUAUUUAUUUUUAAUUGUAAGCAGAAUGAGCACAUAAUUGAAACACCAAUCUGUAUUUUAAAAAGUAACUUUAUCAGUACUGUAAACUGUACAUGACUGGAAUCUCGUUGUCAAUUGCAGUCAUAUACUUAAUGGAUGAAUUUUUUGGCCUAGAAUUAGGCAAGCUUGAUUGCUUGUAGCUGCUGUUAGUGCUGCAUUACUUCCACACUGGAUUGUCUGUAGUGUUACUAUGUAAGCUUAUCCAACUUAUUUAUCAUCUCCGCAUACCUUUUCAUUUGCAUAUUUUAAGCUUUAAAAAUAAAGGCUCCUGAAUAGAACUCCAUUUCCUUUGAGAUCAUAAUUGUUGUUAAUAAUACUCCAUGAAGCCUUGCCCAGAUAACAUGGCUUCUGUUCUUUGUUGUUGUUUUUCUGGGAAACUCCAGGCUAUUCUUCAGUAAUUAAAUGUUACACUUUUUUACUCAUGAGGGUCAGUGCUAUUCUAAUUCUCAUACAAACAAAAAAAUAACACACCAAUGUUAAAAUAUCAAGGAUAAACUGCUAGUAAUUGUAUGAAAUUAGCUAUUCAAAUGAAGAUUUUUUUGUCUUAAUGUGCUGUUCUGUGCGUUUUACCCUAUUUGGCUUCUUUGCCUUGAAGCAGACACUUGAAUUUUGAGAAGGAAAAAGAGAUUGCUGUUGUUUUGUUGAAUAGAUAAGUACAUAUGCUUAAAUGCUGCCCAACUAAAUGUCAUCAGAAUUGUUCAGUCUGACUAUAGUGACUGUACUUGGCUUCUUACAGUCCUGUGACAGUGAUUCAAUAGGUAAGUCCUCUUGAUUCCUAAGUGAACACUGAAUGGGAGUCUGCUUCUGUUCUCUGUGUUGUUUGUCUGUUACUAAUACUAAAAGGUAGAGGGUAAUUGUGAAGUGUUCAGCCUUGCAGAGGUAGUAUUGUAAGGCAGAGUUCUCCAGAAUGCGGAAAUCAGCCUAUUGCUUUUAAUUGCAGUGGGGCUUGUUUGCCAUCUGCUUCUGUGUCUGAAAACUUGUCCAUAGAAAGGAAAGUAGUUUGUCUGAUGUGUAAAUAUGGAUACUAGUAACAUGUCAGCAAGGAUUUGUCUUUCAAUUUGCAGGGUGUUAAGUAACACGAAGGACUGGACUCUCUUAAAAUUGUAUCAGCAAGUUAAAAUUGGAGGAUUUCUGCAUUGGUAGACCUUAUUAUUGAUCGGUCAACUACUUUCUUUUUAUUUAUUUACAGAUACAGACGAAAGCCUCUUCCUUGUGGCUCCUCUUUUCCAAUAUGAGGUAGUUCUUGAAUGUACAAGGAUAUCUGGGGAGGUUUUAUCUGUAAAGGUUUUACAGCAGUGUAGAAUCCUGGAAAACAUUAAGAUUUCCCAGUUCCAUAAAAACAAGCUUUAGUCAAGUGACUUAAUAUAAGCAGUCUUUGUUCAAAACAAAGAUGUUCUCAAGUAUUUCUUUGUUAAUAAAAAUUUCUAAAUUCAGAUAGCUGCAAUAAAUUGUUUAGAAAAUUAAUAUUUUUUUUUUCAGAAAGCCAGCCAACUAGAAAUAUCCUUAGUAAGCCAGCUGUUACUGACAUAAUGUAUAAUUAUGUAUGAUUGAAAUUAAAAAGGGCCUAUUUCAUCAAAAUAACAGAGAUCACAACAUUAGCAUAAGGAACUACUCAUGCUUAGAAGCAUCUAAAAUUUUUUUCAUAAAUAAACAGCUACUGAUUUCUUGACAAACUAAAGGAAAUCCACAGGAAUAAAAAUGGGAAUGUGGGCUUUUACAUAAAAUGCUUAAACUUUUUGUGAAAUGCUGUCCAUGAUUGUUUGUAUUUAUUUCAAGGAAGGUAGUUACACAGCAAAAGGUGUUAAAUAGCUUGAACUUUCUAUAGUUGCCACAUCCUGCAUUCUGUCAGCCAACUGAAUUGACCAAAUUAACAAAGUGAAAAACAUGCAUUCUUUAUCAAUUAGAUAGUGUAAUACACUUUACUACUAAAGUCAGGAAAUUUUGUCGAAUAUUUCAAAACACACUGGCAAUGUCUGCUUUCCUUAGUCUAGAAGUGCUUCUUUUUCUUUCUUGCCACCUCCAAGCUUAAUUGCAUUUUGCUUCUACUGAUGAUGUAAAUAUCUUAGGAGAACUUUUACAUAUUGGUUAAAUAUUCUGCUAUUUCUUGGGUAGCAUUUCUCACUUAGAGUAGUUUUGACUCUCUCUCUACAUCCUUUACCAUCUUUUAUGUAUUUGUAGCUGUUUGGAAUAUAGCUCCAGCCUGGAAAUGUGUGUUUAUGAUUUUUUUUGAAUGAAGUUAUUCAGAAAUUAUUUAUUUUGUUUUUGUUGUUGUUGUUGUGAACUCCCUAAAUGCUAGACUUCACCAGUGACUAUAUAUGAUAUGAAUAUAAGCAGUCAGGAGUGUCCUGUGGUUGCCUGUGGGGUAAAGAAGGUUACUGUAUUGCUAAUGAGUGGUAAAGCUCAACAGUAACUUGAGCCAGACUUAUACACAAGGCGCCUAACCCUUACAUGUAACCAGUCUUGGUUGCGCGGGGAAACUGUCGUGUUGCAGGGGUAUAAAAGGUGAUAAACACCUACAAUAAAUGCCUUUUGUUCUGCACCAGCGAAGGAGUCCACACCUCAUUUGCCUCUCCAGCAAGAGAGCCCGGGGCAGCCCUGUGACAAUUGGCACCGGAACAGGGACCAGAACAAACAGAGACUACUGAGGAAGAUCGGACAGAAACGGGCAGAGAAAAGCGCCGGGCUAAGAGGCCCUAAAAAAGAGAUGAGCUGAAAGAAGCUCUAAAACAGGCUGCAAGAAGCCCCGGCCGACUGGAGGGUUGCCAGAAGUCCCGCCAAAGAGAAGGGCUGAAAGAAGCCGAGUCCAUAGAACGGGCUGGAAGAAGCCCGAGGGAGAAGCGAACUGGAGACGCUGUCCUGGUGAAAGAAGCACAAGACUGAGAGAAGUCUUAUCGUCCCCGGCUACUUCGAUUGCCUGUCGCUGGACAAAGGUAGGUGAUUGCCUAUUAUGGGGAACAAAAUUACAUUUGCUUCUAUUACUCGAAUUUAUAUUUUUGUUUUGCUUGCUAUUAUUGGUUCAGAUUUUACUGGUGAAAUUAAGAUAAUGCUGUGGACACCAACCCUACCUUGUACUAUCCCUACGGGAAGUUGCAUAGCACAGUUGAUUUAUUUUCAGCCUAAGCCACCUCUGAGAACCAGCGUCUCAUGGGGCAAGAGUGAUUUUGGGUCAACCAGCAUGCCAGAAGUUUUUUUGCUCUCAAAAGGUCUCACAGAGUAGACCAAAUCUGCUUUGUGUACUGCGACAGUUGCUGCAUUGUAUUUUUUCCCUUCCAAUCCAUACUUAACAUUGUUGGAGACAAGAUACUGGCCUAGGUGAUCCUGUAGCCUACCCCUAAUACAGUGAUAUACCACGAUGGAUCACAGAAGAGAGAGGUCCGCUUCGAUUGGUACUUUGAAGAACUGCAAAAUGAAUAGGAAUUUAAAGGACUUGUGAUGAUAGUGGGUAUACGCAUGAAAAGGGAAGUGCAAGCGUUACAUACUAUAGAUGUUCGAACCAAUAUGUGGGUAACAUGGGCAAAUAAGACUAAACAAGACUCCUUCUGUCUUGCAUUGCAAACAGCAUCUGAUCCUUUCCAGACAUGCUUUAUUGGGGUACCAUGGGGUUUUCAAUGGUCUGUAUUUCAGGACAGAACAGGACUAACCAGUAAUCUCACAAUUCUGUGUAAAAGGUUAAGGAUAAAAAUGGGAUCCACGCUUUCCUGUCCCACAUACAAAGCAGAUACUGGGGCGGAGGAUGCUCUACGAAUGGCCAUUAUAGUCAAUAGUCUAAAUGUUAGCCGUACAUACAAAACUGGAAGAAUUAGACUUACUGGGGUAAGUGGUUCACAACUCCACUGACAGGAGGGAGAUAGGGAAUGGAAGCUGUUGCUUUCGCUUUGAGGGUAAGUGAGCAACAAAUGCAGCCCUAAUGGCCAAAUACUGGACCAAGGAUGGGCUGGAACUAUGGAGAUCCCUAGGCGACAACUCCAUGUUUAUCUGUGUAUCUGGGAGAGGCCUGGCCUGCAAAGGUAGAAAUGUAUGGAGUAAUGGUACAUGGGCUAAACAAUUACCACCUGGGAUAUUCUUAAUAUGCGGAGAUAGAGCGUGGCCUGGUAUACCGAUAAAGCCAAUAGGUGGACCUUGUUACCUUGGCAGGAUAAUCUUGUUUGCCCCCAGGAUAAGGAAUCUCUUAAACAGCACGAUCUGGGCUGGUAAGGGACCGCAUUGAUCACGUUGGAGCAUACAUCAAUUAAUGGAAACAUGUCACAGCCAAAUUACAUUCUGGAAUUACCCUACUAGGGUAAUAACAGCCCUCCUACUUCCAAUACUUGCCUCGAAAAAUGCUACAGAUUUAGAGAAGUUAGCGUGUUGGACCGCAAAGGAGCUGAAUCUCACAUCCACAGUAAUAUGAUAUAGGUAAUAUACAUCACACAGUCCUACAAAACAGCCUCUAUUGAUUUUUUACUACUUGCACAGGGGCAUGGUUACGAAGACUUUAGCGGGAUGUGUUGCUUUAACCUUUCAGACCAUUCAGAGUCCAUACAUAAGAAAUUGGAAAAGGUAAAGGACAAUAUGAAUCAGAUACAAAUUGGUGCUGGCCCUGUAUUAGAGGGUCUGGAAGAGUUGUGGAAAAAGCUUACCAGUUGGUUACCUAAUUUUGCAUGGUUAAAGCAACUUUUUGUAGUUUGUAUUAUCAUAAUCAUUUUGCUUUUCCUAAUGUGUGUUGUAAUGAGAUGUGUAUUAUGGCUUUGUAAAACAUCCAGGAACAGUUAUGAGGAAUGGAAAAGGCAUAAGCUAAGACAGAAAGUGGAAAGUGGGAGUUAUUUUAAGGCCUCACUCUCCUGUAAUGGAGUUAUCUAGCAAAAGAAUUUGCUAGGAUAAAGAAAAGGGGGGAAUUGAAUUAAGGAAUGAGAGGUUAUUGAUUAGCUAUUGUAUUAGGGCGCAAGCUAAGCAGGAAUUUGGAGAAAACAGGAUAAGGGACAGAGUGCUGCGAUGGAAAAACAGGAUAAGGGAUAGAGUGAUGUGGUAAACUGAAUGGAAAGAAAUUAAACAUCAUGAGGAAGUGCUGAGGCAUUGUCAGGAAGAACCAGUUUACUUCUGAUGAUUGAACACAAAAUUAGGCUAAAGACGAAGACUCAAAGAGAGGAAGACUAUUAACUUCAUCCCCAUGACCACCAGAGGAAGACUCCCGCUAUGAACCACACAAGUGUCAAGGGGAGAAGCAGCAUGCAAAUGAGUUUCCAGAAAAUUAAUGAAUAUGUAACUAAAUUCCAGGACAUGUUUUGAAUAUGCAUAAGGUUGGUUUACAAAUUUGUACCACUCUUGUUUGUGUGUAUUAGGAGGAAUUAUCCUCCACAUACCCAACGAUAUGCAUCUCGUUGAAUAAAUGUGCCUGCGUUAUAACCUAACUCUGGGUUAUAGAGUCUGAUUCUGCAAAUCAACUGUUACAUUCAAUGUAAGCUUCUCUAUGCACUAAAAAGUAAAUUGGUAAUUUUGGAAGCCUCUGAAGUAAACUAAAAAUGUAAACAUUUUUUUGUGUAAGUGUGCAGAGUUCUUAUCUUCUUAGGUAUUGGAAUUGAUGCUAUGAUUAAAUCUUUUUUUCUUGCUCUUGUAAUAAAGUGAAUUUCUUAUACGUUAGUACUGUACAGUUUAUUGGGAUCGUGGGAAAGGAGAGCUGAAGUUGUAGAUGAUUCUAUUAAGAGUAAUAGCUGAACACAAAUAUUUGAUGGAUUUCUUAGUAGUGGAAAAUGAAUGUCUUUUCCUUGUGAAAUGCCAAUCUCAAAUUCACAGCAGGAGACAAG